AUGGCGUGGAUUGUGGUAGGAACCCUGCAGGACCCUGAAGAAGAGGAGGCAGCUGAUGUUGGAGAAACCCUGUCCUCAAUAGAGGAGCAGCAACAAAAAUCUUUGACUUCAAGAGAGGAUGAGCAGGAGAAAAACAAAGUAGAACGAGGCCAAAAGCAACAUCUUCCGCACAACCAGCCGUCCAUCCCUGCUGAUCUUUGGCGAACAACCAAUUUUGAUGACUGCUCUCAGAUUUAUUCUGCUCAGGCGAUGUUUGGUUCGAUAGCUAGUGGGGUUUUUACUAUCAAACCAGGUCAUCUUAACGACCCAGUCUCUGUAUACUGUGAUCAGACCACAGAUGGGGGAGGGUGGACGGUCAUACAGAGGAGGUUUGACGGGUCCCUCGAGUUUUUCCGCUAUAUCUGGGCUUACCGAGACGGGUUUGGGGACCCUAGUGGUGAAUACUGGCUGGGGUUAGACAACAUCUACUAUCUAACGGCCCAUAACCAUUACGAGAUGUAUAUUGAGCUUGAGGACUGGGUAGGGAAUGUGAAGUACGCUAGAUAUGGCACCUUCUCAGUCGGUCCGCGUUUUGAUUACAUCCUGAGUGUCGGGGGGUACAGUGGGACGGCCGGGGAUGGGUUCCAUCUGUCAAGUUCAUCACAAGGCAACAACGGUGCAAAGUUCAGUGCCCGUUGGUUCGACCAAGACAGUAAUUAUAGCACAGGUUCAAUGACGGAACUUUACGGUGGUGGUUGGUGGUACAACGACUACGGCAGCUACAGUAACUUGAACGGUCCGUACUUCCGAGACACCGACGGGCUCAACAACGCCUACAAUGGUAACGGCGUCCGGUGGUAUCCGUUCAACAAUGAGGAUCAGUAUUCUCUGAAGAAAACAAAAAUGAUGGUCCGUCCCACCGACUUCAGCACCAGGGUGGCAAACAUGAGACUCACAAAGUAA